UACAGAAACGAAGAAGAUGAAAAAGUGCAGGAAAAGUCAUUCUGUUCAGUUUCACCAAUUAAUGAUCAUGGCCCGGUAGCAGUCUGGGCGCACCUAAUCCCUGUCUUGAAAUUCAUACGUUUAAACUUUCCAAAAGUGCAAGUUUUACAUAUAUUUACCGACGGACCUACAACACAAUAUAGAAAUAAAACCAAUUUCUAUAUAAUGCACAAAAAGACUAAAGAAUUGGGCUUUGACUUUGCGACAUGGUCAUUUUUUGAAGCGUCGCAUGGGAAGGGCGCAGCAGAUGGCGUGGGAGGCGCUGUAAAAAGAACCUUAGACAAAAAGGUCACAUACGGCCAUGACAUUACAGACGCAGAAACCGCUUACAACACUUUGAUACAUGCCAAGUCCAAAAUAGAUUUUUUUUACAUAACAAACGAAGAUAUUCAAAAAGUACAAAAUGGCUUUGAUUUGACUGGUUUAAUACCAGUGCCCCAAACAAUGACGAUUCAUCAAAUCUUGUCUACAGACAAAUAAAAUUUCAUUAAAUACAGGAAAUUAAGCUGUUUUUGCCAAGAUAAUAUCGCUUGUAGCUGCUAUGAGAUCCAGGAGCAUGAUUUAAAGAUGAAAAAAAUAUUGAGAAGAGAAAAGAAGAAGGAAACAAAGUACUCCACAGAAACAUCCAGCUCAAGUGAAGAAGAAGAAGAAGAUACUAUAAUAUAUAUGGACACAGAUGACGAACCCUAUGAUGUUGACUCAGAUUUGGAAGAAGCAGAUAUCAAAUCAAUUACAGAUGUUGACACUGAAUCAGACAGAGAACCACAAGACAUUAAAAGGGAAAAAAAUAGGCUAACACAACAUAAAGGAACAAACCUCAGAAAAAUCUCUGUAUCAGAUGAAGAAAAAAUUGUAAAUUAUAUUGAUAUCAAUACAAACGAUGACAUUCCUGCGGCACAAAAUAAAAUACAACCUGAACUACUUGCAGCAGAAGAUACAAUGAGUUUAGACGAAGACCAGGAAUCAAAAGUUGAAACUGUCACGGUUGCACAAAUUCACACGGAAAAACCACCAAUAAGGAGAAGUCCUCACCUUAAAACGACAAAAACUUCAAUGUUAGAUGAAGAACAAAACAAAGUAUACAACAGCAGCAGCAGAAAUAACAGAGAUACAAAUAUUGAUUUAGAUGUUAUUGAACCCUUGGCUUCAAUUGAUAAUAUUGAUAUCAACAGAUUACCUAUAGUAAGUGACAGUUUCAUUAUUGAUGACACAGACGUUGCAUCUGACUUUAGUUUUUCUUUAAUUGACGUUUCAAAAACUUCUCAACAUGAAGCUAAUAUCCAGUCACGUAAAAGAGCUUGUGAUGAGAACAAAACAGACAACAUAUGUGCUAAGAAGCGUUUGAAAACAAAAACACGUAAUUGUAUGAAGAGAAAAAAGACUACUACUAAAAAUGACAGGGAAAAGAAAAGUGAAAAACCAGUUUUGAAGUGUGUGGGUUGCGAGGAGGAUCUUAUUAGCGAUGCUGAAGACGAUGACGAGAAAAAUAUUGGCUGCGAUAAGUGUCCAAGAUGGUUCCAUAUGAGAUGUACAACCAAAAAGGGAAUGUCAUACGUAGAUGUAGCAUCCCAAGAAUUUAUUUGUCAUGUUUGUUUUGUUUAACGACGACGGUUACGAUUAGGUAUCUACCUACUUAGAGAAAAAACUACUGCUUGAGGCAACAUUUAAAACCUAACUACGACAUAAAACACCCGCACAGGUAAUGUAAAACUUGAUAUUUUAUUUUAAUAAAACACGACAUCAUAAUCUUGU